AUGGUGAAGCGUUUGACACCAUUGUUGAACAGGGUUUUGGUGGAGAAGAUUGUUCCUCCUGCAAAGACUCACGCCGGCAUUUUACUCCCCGAGACCAGCAACAAGCUUAAUUCUGGAAAAGUUCUUGUUGUUGGACCAGGCCUUCGCGACAAGUCUGGGAAUCAUGUUCCUGUUGCUGUCAAAGAAGGGGAUACUGUACUCCUGCCUGAAUAUGAAGGAACUACAGUGAAGCUUAGUGAAAAAGAGUUUUAAAAAACUCCAAGGGAGGGUCCCUUUACCAAAGAGGAGUUGGAUGAAGUUCGAGACAAGUGGGCUACUUACUUCAACGAUUGUGAACUACCCUCAGUGUAAUAAAUAGAGCAUGCUUGUAGUUAUCCGUGACUCUUACAUUAUUUUGUUAUUUAUCGAUUUAAUUAAUUACAUUUGAAUUAAUUCGAUAAUAUAUAUUAUUGGAAAUUUGAAAUUUAUAUCAUUUUUGAGGAAUGUAAAGCUGAUGUUUGAUGAAACAGUAUUCUAUA